CGCCACGACGUCGAGGACGCCCAUUCAUCGGCGAAAAUCCAUCUGUGACACUACACAGCGUCUUUAGUUUGGUUUUCGUUCGAAUUAUUUCACGUAUCAUGAAGUACACUUGGUUGGUAUUAGCGGCCUGCAUGGUGUUGGUUCUCGCGGAGUUGCUCCCGGGGGCCGCUGCAGGACCCUAUCUAGAUGACGACGAAGGCCUCCCUUCGGACGACGACUACACGGAAAACGCAAUCGAUCGUUUGUUACAAUCUGCUCAGAAACGUUCUUCCUUAAUUUACCUUUUCAGACGAGCCUGUGUGAGAAGAGGAGGGAACUGCGACCAUCGACCGAACGACUGCUGCUAUAACAGUUCGUGUCGUUGCAAUUUGUGGGGCUCUAAUUGCAGAUGUCAACGAAUGGGACUGUUCCAGAAAUGGGGCUAGACCUUGAACUAAUUUAAGCUGAAACGGAGGGCCUCGAGCGGCGGUCGCCGGAUGAAUUAUUUUCUUUACGAAAAGAACUGAUUUUUGUAUUAAUUGCGGCUCCGUUUGAGGCUUUCUCCAAAAACCGACAAUUGGCGCGAUUACGGAUACGAUUAAUGCAUGGUUUAAGUUCCUUUGGUUUUGUUUCGUCGAACCCAAACAUUGCUUUGUGAAGUCGAUAAUAAUUAAAACAAUAAAAAAAUGAACGAAUUACAAUUUAUUUUUGAUACUUUGCUUAUACAGCGUUCUAGUUUUGAGGCUUCUUUCAUUUUAGGUUUCACUGAUGUUGUCAUCGACAUCUUUUGACAACGAUACUUUUGACUAAAAGAAAGAAUUUCUGUGUGCGAAAAUUCCAAUUCGGCACAAAUUAUCGAAUCGUGACGAUGAGUGCGACAUCUGACGGUGAUCUGAUUCGAAGUUCGUAAUUUUUGCCGAAUUACACAAUCAGCUGCUCUCCCAUUAAAGGUUUUUCCAGCCACACCCUUAAUGGGAAUGCAUGUCUGACGUUAUCUUAGGUAAUUUCUAUAAUAUGACACUAUAUUGUAAUUAUGUAUGUAUGUAUAGAUGUAAUGUCAUUAAGGCGACAUCUGUGGUGCUAGUGAUAAGGCCGCAGAUUCACCAUCUAACAUUGUUGUUAGUGAUUUGAAUCCUAUAUAAAUAUGUUUCUAUGUGAAAGGGUACAACAUUCAAAUGAUUCUGUCAAUACUAAAUAUAUCAAUUGGCCUA